AUGGCGUGCCGCGCGGUGAACAUACCUUCUUCGGCGUUGCACCCUACCAGACGCGUUUCAACAGCUAACGGAUUCACGUACGGUCACGCGUACGGCUCGACCUACCGUACCAGGUUCCGUUCCCUGAGACCCGACCAGAAACCGCUCCAAGCCCGUCCAGCUGGACCCGUCCCGACUGAGCCAGUCCGACGUGGCAGUCUGCCCGCGCGGCAACCUGGCGCCGUGGAUGACGUGGCAGCCACGGAAACGGAACUAUCGCUGCCAUUGGCACCUGAAGGAAUGAAUAAGGCAGAUGACGGGAGGAUGUCAGACGGGGAAGAAGCAGCAGCAUCAGUCACUCAUGAGGCGUCGAAUGAAGGGGUCUCAGAAGGUACUUCGGCGGAGGUAGAAGGAACUCCGAAACUCGAGUGGGAUGAGAGAGAGGGGAAGAGGAGAGCGGAGGAGCAUGAGGAGUCGGGGAGUGAGAAAGAGCAAGGCAGAGAGGACGAGGAGACGGGGAAGGAGCAGCAGCGGCAGGUUGGAAGAGACGUUGUAGUUGGGGAAAAGGGAGCAGAGGGAAAGGAGGAGGAGAUUGCAGGGAGGGAGGAUGGCGAGGAGGAUGAGAAGGAGGCAGAGACCGAGGAAGCGGAGGAAGCGGAGGGGGAUGCAGCAGUGCGGCAAGUGAGCGUGACGGAGAGCCUAGGCCUGGGCGAUCUUCCGGCAACGGACGCGGAUAUAAAGGCGUACGUGCGCAAGUGGAGCUAUGACGCCCUCGUGCUGCUGCAGGAGUAUACGGCGUGUGGGUGUGCAUGUGCAUUCAAUGCUCUCUCCUCUGCACUCUCACCCCUGCACUCUCUGCUGCACUCUCUGCCUCUUUUCCCCUGCACUGGCGCACCCAUUUCCUCCACCAUUCCCCUCUCCCUCCCACGCCCCCUUCAGGCGGAUGGCGAGCCUUCCUCCCUGGACCGGCCAUCGUUUGUAGAAGCCGCGGCACGAGAGGGCGCUGUAGCGCUGCACAUAUCCCUCCCUGCUAUAGAGAACCCGCAGCAGGGGCAAGGGCAAGGGGGACAGCCAGGGGGACAGCAGGGGGGGCAGCAGCAGGGGGGUCAGGGGCAGCAAGUGGGGUGGCGUGUGUACGAGGCAGUGAGAGCAGUGGGCACUCUAUCAGCCAUGGGUCUGCGUGUUGUGCUCUGCUCCUCCUCUCCUGCUCUCUCGGCCUUUGUCGCUCUCAGCUUUCUCACGUUCGCAGGGCGGCAGUCGCUGGCACAGGCGCGUGCAGCGGUGGAAACAGCAGUGCCUGAUGCCCCUGUGCCCUUGCAACCAUGGCAGCAGUGUGUGGACCUGCUUUCUGCUCUGGACACGCCGCGUGUGAGCGCCAUGGCUCAGGCAGUGUAUGAACGCCGCAGAGACACCGGCGCUGCUGGAGGGCCUGCAGAUGACUGGGCGCAAGCCCAGCUGCAGUACGUGCAGCAGCUGGUAGCGGCGAGCGCAGAGGGCAGUGCAGACAUCCCCCUCGCUGUCUCCGAGGUUGUUUUCCACAAGGCUGCUGCAGCGGCCCGCGUUCAAAUUGACCACCACAAGACGUUGGCAGAAGCGGCCAUGGAUGCGGCAGGAGCAGCACGCAGAGCAGCAACGGUCACAGAAGAGCGCUCUGAUGCUCUGGAAGCGCAGAUCGCGGAGCUGGAGUUUCUGGUAUCACAGCUGAGCAGCGAGAAGGACGCAGGGAGCGGGGAGGCGCAAGCAGCCGUGGCACGCGUGAAAGAGCUCGAGGAGACGAUCCAGCAGGGGCGGGAGAGGGAGGCGCGGGCAGCAGAGGCGGCACAGGCCGCGAAAGAACGGCUCGCGUUUGUCACGAGACAGAGCGAGAUUCUCAAGUCUAAGGUGGAUGCGGAGAAGCAGGAGGUUGCGGCUGUGAGAGAGCGGGUCGGGCUGCUGACCGGGCAGCUUAAGGAUGCCGAGCAGAGGGAGGAAGCUGCGAGGAAGGCGGCGGGUGAGAUGGCGGAGAAUAUGACGCGCCUAGUCAGCACGCUAAGGAAUGAGGUGGCGGAGCUGAAAGCUGAGGUGGCGGCGGCGGAGGCGAGGGAGAGGGAGCUGGAAGCGGCACUGGAGGAUGGUGGCAGGCAGCUGCGUGCUGCUCUUGAGGCCGAGGCUGUUGUGGGCGCUUUGCGCGCCGAUGCAGAGCGAGCGGAGCAGGAGCUGGAGGGCAUGGCAGGCAGGGCGGGGGACCUGCUGACGCAGGUGGCGCAGGGGCGACAGGUGGCAGCACAGCUGGAGGCGCAGGUGGCGGAGGGGCAACAGCUGGCUGCCAGGCUGGCAGAUGAGGUGGACCGAGCGAAGAAAGCCGUGGGGGAGGGAGAGAAGAAGCAAGCAGAACUGGCAAGGGACGUAGGCACGCUACGAGCCACGCUCACGCGGAUCCAGGCAGACGACCAGCAGCUGGCACAGGAGGCGCAGCUCCUCGCACAAGAGUCCUCCCUCCUCAAGAAAGUCCUUGUCGGGGUGUCAGGCCUCGCUGUGCUGCUCCCCCUGCUGCUCCUGCUGCUGCUGCAGCAGCCAGCCGGUGGGGUUGGCGGUGAGAGUGGCGGAGGGAGUGGUGAGGUGAGGGGUGGUGUUGAGAAGGGGCGAGAGCAGGUGGGGGAGUUUGGAGGGAAGGUAGGAGGGGGUGGGGAGGACGAGCAGCAGGGGAGGGAGAGCCGGUUUUUGUUGAGGCGGGAGAUUACGGUGGAAGCAGCAGAUGUUGCUGGUGGUGGGGGGGAGCUAGGGAUGAGUGGUGGGUUGAGGGAGGUGAACUUGUGA